AUGCCUGUCCCUGUACCGGCUCCUAUAACAUAUACACCUGUACCGAUUGUAGAGGCUAAAAAUUUAUCAGAAUCCACAUUCCGAUUAAAGUAUCGUUCCAGAAAACCUGUUGUCAUUCGCGGUAUCGUACCUAGCGACUUAUGGUUCAAACAGGAAGACAUCAUCAAGAAACUGAAGACACCAACUGUCAUGAUUGCGCAUGACAAUGCCAAUUUCAUCGACAAUGACAAAUACGUCUCCAAGCGCUCCGCUGAAGACAUUACCGUAGCAGAUAUAGCUCAGGCGAGCUCAAAGCAAAGAUUAUACCUUCGAAGCAUCGUUCCAGAAGAUGUAAAGGAUGGACUAGGUCUCCCUCUUUUACAGGAAAUCGCCAAUGUCGGUUCUUUCAAAGACGACUUGAUGCGACUAUGGUUGUCGUCGGCAGGCUGUAUUACACCUCUUCACUAUGAUCGAUGUCACGGUACAUUACUCCAGUUAGCAGGAACAAAGCGGUUUGUUAUAUUCUCUGGUGACGAUACUCGUCAGUUAUAUCCGUGUGAUGGGCUCAAUGGGCCGACCCAUGCCUCACGAGCUCGGUAUAUUGGACGGCAUCUAGAUACACAGCCCAGUACCAUCUUGCAGCAAUGGCCUAAACUGCGAGAUACCGACCCUUGGCUUGUGGAUUUGCAACCGGGUGAUCUGUUAUAUACACCACCAGGAUUUUGGCAUGAAGUUACGAGUACUAGUGUUUCGCUUAGCGUCACGGUACCAUGGGACAUGACUGCUCAAGAAAUAGCCUGUGUACCAGCACACAUGGCUUUUUAG